UUUUCUUCCAUUUCUAACUCCACCCAAACCCUUGAAAAGCAGAGGAAUUCAGGGAAUUUGUGAUUUUGGGCUGAUAAUGCUGAUUUUGGGUGAAUUCUCUAUGGAUUGAGCUGUUGGAAAGUUUGGGAUUUUCCCGUUUUUUUGGCAGGGAUAUCCCGAUGCCGCUGGUCAGCUCCGGGGUGGAGCACGGGAACCUCCGGGAGCUCGCCCUGGCCAGGAUGAAGGACCUGGGGACACAGUGCCGCGACGUGAGGACGCGGGAGGUCGGAAUUCAGGAAAUCCACCACAAAGUGAGGCCGUACCAGCGGGAUUGGCUCGUGGGAGAGGAAGGAAAACGUGUGCGGAUGGAUCGGAGCGUCCCGAUGGGGAAAUGCCGGAAUCCUGGAAUGAUUUGGCUUGGGAGGGAUCGUCCUGGGAAUGUCCAGAUCCUGGGAAUGUCCAGAUCCAUGGAAUGUCCAGACCCUGGGAAUGUCCAGAUCCUGGGAAUGUCCAGAUCCUGGGAAUGUUCAUAUCCUGGGAAUGUUCAUAUCCUGGGAAUGUCCAGAUCCAUGGAAUGUCCAGAUCCAUGGAAUGUCCAGACCCUGGGAAUGUCCAGACCCUGGGAAUGUCCAGAUCCAUGGAAUGUCCAGACCCUGGGAAUGUCCAUAUCCAUGGAAUGUCCAGAUCCUGGGAAUGUUCAUAUCCUGGGAAUGUUCAUAUCCUGGGAAAUGUUCAGAUCCUGGGAAUGUCCAUGGAAUGUCCAGACUCUGGGAAUGUCCAUGGAAUGUCCACACCCUGGGAAUGUCCAUAUCCAUGGAAUGUCCAGAUCCUGGGAAUGUUCAUAUCCAGGGAAUGUCCUGGGAAUGUCCAUGGAAUGUCCACACCCUGGGAAUGUCCAUGGAAUGUUCCCAUCCUGGGAAUGUCCAGAUGCAGGGAAUUUUCAUGUUCUGGGAAUGUCCAGAUCCUGGGAAUGUCCAUGGAAUGUUCACAUCCUGGGAAUGUCCAGAUCCUGGGAAUGUCCAUAUCCAUGGAAUUUCCAGAUCCUUGGAAUGUCCAUGGAAUGUCCAGAUCCUGGGAAUGUUCCCAUCCUGCGAAUGUCCAGGGAAUGUUCACAUUCUGGGAAUGUUCAGAUCCAUGGAAUGUCCAUAUCCAGGGAAUGUCCAAAACCAGGGAAUGUCCAUGGAAUAUCCAUUUCCUGGGAAUGUCCAGAUCCAGGGAAUGUUCAGAUCCUGGGAAUGUUCCCAUCCUGUGAAUGUCCAUGGAAUGUUCCCAUCCUGGGAAUGUCCAGAUCCAGGGAAUAUUCACGUUCUGGGAAUGUUCAGAUCCAUGGAAUGUCCAGAUCCUGGGAAUGUCCAUGGAAUGUUCAUAUCCUGGGAAUGUUCAGAUCCUGGGAAUGCUCAGAUCCAUGGAAUGUCCAUAUCCAUGAAAUGUCCAAAUCCAGGGAAUGUCCAGAUCCAGGGAAUGUCCAGACCCUGGGAAUAUCCACGUUCUGGGAAUGUUCAGAUCCAUGGAAUGUCCACAUCCUGGGAAUGUUCCCAUCCUGGGAAUGUUCAGAUCCUGGGAAUGUCCAGGGAAUGUCCAGAUCCUGGGAAUGUCCUGGGAAUGUCCAUGGAAUGUCCAGACUCUGGGAAUGUCCAUGGAAUGUCCAGACUCUGGGAAUGUCCAUGGAAUGUUCACAUCCUGGGAAUGUCCAGAUGCAGGGAAUUUUCAUGUUCUGGGAAUGUCCAGAUCCUGGGAAUGUCCAGACCCUGGGAAUAUCCAUGGAAUGUCCAGAUCCUGGGAAUGUUCACGUUCUGGGAAUGUUCCCAUCCUGGGAAUAUCCAUAUCCUGGGAAUGUCCAAAUCCAGGGAAUGUCCAUGGAAUGCCCUGUUCCUGGGAAUGUUCCAAUCCUUGGAAUGUUCAGAUCCUGGGAAUGUUCAUAUCCUGGGAAUGUUCCCAUCCUGGGAAUGUUCAGAUCCUGGGAAUGUUCCCAUCCUGCGAAUGUCCAUGGAAUGUUCAGAUCCUGGGAAUGUCCAUAUCCAGGGAAUGUCCAGAUCCCAGGAAUUUCCUCUCCCUCUUCCUUUGCCGAUGUUCUGGCAGGACCGAAACACUCCUGGAUUUUGUCCUUCCAAUAAAUCGAAUUCCCGCAGGAAUUUUUUGGGUGCUGGGAAAAAGCUGGAUCAGGGAGCAGCUUCCAAACCCCUCCCCCAAUCCCAAUUCCCAAACCGAGCCACCAAUCCUGGGCUCGGGAAGUGCCGGAAAUUCCUAAAGUUCCUCUUGUUCCUGCUUUGGAAUUCCACCGAUUCCUCAGGCUUCCAGGAGUUUGGAGAACAUUCCUGGGAUUUUUGGGGAACAUUCCAGGGAAUUUUCUCCUCCUCGAUGAGUGAAAUAUUCCCUGUUCCUGUAGAAAUCCCAAAAAAAAUUCCCAAAAAACCGUCCCGUCCUUCCCAGCCUUCCUGGAGGAACCGAGGCUUCCCAGAUUCCUGGGAAUCUCUUCCCGAGUUUCUGUUGGAUCUGAUUUAAAUUGUAAAUUUAAAAUCGCCCAUCCUGGGCUUUUCCAAGCGGAAAAUUCCCUUUGUUCAUCUCCGGCGGGACGAGCAGAAAUCCCGGGAAAAACGUUUUCCAUGGAUCUUCGUUGGGGCUUGGCAAACAAACAACGACAUCCCCCCGACCGGAGAGAUCCGAGAGCCGCGAUCCCGGUUUAAUUCGUUAAUUAAUUACUCCAAUUAAUCAGCCUAAUUAAGGGCUCCACGCGUUCCCGCCUGGGGUUUUGGGGCAGAAAUCCGAUUUUUGGGGGCUGGUUUGAGGCGGUUUCCGGUGGCUGGGUUUUCCCGGAGCGCGGAGGGAGGUUGGAAAAUGGAAUUAUGGCUGCAAGGAGGCAUCGGAAGCGACGGAUCCCGAGGGGUCUGAUCCCGAUCCAUGAAAAACAGGGAUUCAGUGGGGAUAACCGGGAAUAACGGGAGCUGGGGGGAGGUUUUAGGUUCAAAGUUCCGAGGAGGCGCCGGAGGUUUAAUGGGAUUUCACAGGGGAAAGGGGAAUCUGGCCAGGGAGGAUUCAGGGAUGGGGAAUUGUUCCCAAAGUUGGGCCUGGAUGGGGUUUGGAGGAAUCUGGGAUAACGGGAAUUGUCAGGGUUGGAAUGGGAUGGGAUUGAAGAUCUGUGGAUCCCAUCCCAAACCACUCCGGGAUUCUGGGAUUGAGAUCGCUCAGGAUCCAUUGCGAGGGAUUUUUAUGGAAUUUGGGGAUGGAAAAGGGAAGGGAGACCCUUCCUGGAGUCACCAAUUCCCAGGGAAUUCCUGAAAUUCCUUCCCAGGGAGGAGUUGGG